UACGUAUGGGCUAUGCCAACUACCUUUCAUACAAUUCUAUUUCUUGGUAUAUAAAAGUUUAAUAAGAUAAUUAAUUAAAGCAUUAAUAUGGCUCGUAUACCUGACGAAGAAUUAAAAAAGGCAUUUUCCGAAUUACAUGAUAAAUUAAUUGAUACAAAGCAUAAACUGAAAUUAUUGGAUUUACAAAUUGAUAUUCUUCGUCGAUCAAAACAACGUGCUGAAUUAACACAAAUAGAAAUGAGAACACUACCUGCAAAGACAAAAACUUUUGAAACUGUUGGACGAAUGUUUUUAUCUCAAGAUGUAGAUACUAUUAAAACAGAUCUUAAAAAACGUAUGAAGAUGGCAGAUGAAAAAAUAAAGACUCUUGAAAGUAAUAAAUCAUAUUUACAACAAAGUUUAAAAGAAAGUGAAAAUAAUAUAAGAGAAAUGGUUCAGAGGAGACAACAAGAAGCCAAUUAGAAUAAUAAUAAAUAUUAAAUUGGUAUAACUUUUAAGUUGAGAUUCUAAGUAAAUUAAA